ACUGCCUCACCUGUCUGAUAAAACUUUGUUUUUAUCAUAGGUAGUAAAAUCACAGACAUAUGAUCGAAACGUUACAAGUGCUCACAAAAGCUGCAUCAUGUUUGGAGAAUUGAAACUUAAUCUCAUGAAGGCAGAGAAUGGAAAGGAAUGUUGAUCAGCUGAUGCAGCCUGUAUAUAAACUGGCUACCUGAAUACCUCGGGCAUUGUCUGUUUGCUGUCACCACUGAGACUUUUACAGAGGUUUUCUGAAGUGAUCACAAGGACACUUUAAUCAUGGAUAUAAACAUUGUUAUGCUGGAUGGAAAGACCCACAUCCUGAGGGUGAACCCACAUGACACAGUGGGCUCUCUGAAAAUGCUCAUCCAGAACAAAGUGGGAGUCCCCCCUCAGAAACAAAAGCUGAUCUUUGUGAACGGACAGAGGACACCUCUCAGCGACGACUCCCAGUGUAUCGGCGACUACGGUCUGCAGUCCGGCUCUCAGGUGUCUCUGCUGAUCACACAGCCCAAGACCUUCCAGGUGUUCCUGAACAACCUGCAGGGUCAGAAGAGCACCUAUGAUAUCAAACCGGACGAGACUGUGAUGAACUUCAAGAGGAGGGUGGAGCAAAGAGCGGGGGUCCCUGUGAACCAGCAGAGGCUGCUCCACCAAAGCAGGGAGCUGCUGGAUGGGAAACUUUCAGACUACGACGUCAAAGAACUGAGCACCAUCAACAUGACAGGCCGCCUGAGAGGAGGUUAAUAUGUCAGAAAGAUAAAAUAUUAAUUUAUAUUUCUACUUUAUUUGUAUUUUAAUUUGAGAAAUCAUUCCUUGAUAUAUAAUUGUGUAAUGUCUUAAAAACACAUUUUAAUGCUUUAUUUUGUUUUGGGCAUACAAAUGUCAGACACACAUACAGCAUGUUAUAAUCUUAUUUUGACAAAUGAAGGAUUCAUUGAUCUUAACUGACCACUUAAAAAAAUAAAGUCUGUGAACUUGCA